AUCUCCCUCUUUUUCUGAGCAUCAUAAAAUUUUGCGCCCUCACUUUCCCCUCAGAUUUCUCUCCCUUGCCGACACUUGCUUCUUCCCUCAUAAUCACCAUCUUCAUCUUUGUUUGGUUUUUUUUUCCUUCUUCUAGUUUUGAAAACAAGAAAAGAAGAUAGGUGUUUCCUUUCACUCAGUAUCAUCGUCCAAAGAAGCAAGAACGCCACUCUUUUCUUAUUUCUUAAAAUAUAUUUGCUCUGUGAGCUUCCGAAAUUUAGUUGCAGUAGAGAAUGAGAUGAUUCGUUCGGAAACGGAGAAGAUUAUCUUUGCUGGAGUUCGGCGAAUUCACAGAGGAAUAGAAUUCAUAGCUAUUUUGGGAUUUGAAAGGUGAUUUGAUCCAGAAGAGCAAAGCACAACAAUGACCGUGGAGAGGGGAACUGUGUUGGUGGGGAUAAGAAUCGACAGCCAAAGCAGGCAGCUUCUAAACUGGGCUCUUGUCAAAGUUGCUCAACCUGGAGACUGCGUUGUUGCAGUUCAUGUGGUCAAGUGUCCAGGUCAAGUUUCAAAAAAUAAGCCCCUGCUGGACAAUUAUUUGGAGGUUUAUGAUGGCCUAUGUGAUGUGAAAAAAGUAAGUCUCAUAGGUCAAAUCUUCGGAGGGAGAUCCGUUCGAAACAUUCUUGUGAGAGAGUCAAAGAAUAAUUCUGCUCUGGCUCUAGUGGUUGGUGGUGGUGCUGCCACAGCAAAACAUUGUGCCAAACGACUCCCACCCACCACAGAUGUUGUAGCCAUCCAUGAUGGAAGAAUUGUCUUCAGAAGGUGUACCAAUCUUAAACUACCAGGUCUUAUACAAGAUCCGAGGCCUAGCCUCACAAGCAUGGAUGACAAAGAAUUCCUGUCUGAAUAUGGAGACUCCGAGGUUGCCACUGUGAAAUCAUUAUUUUAUGAAGAGACGAGAGAAGAUGUGCCAGAAUUCAAAGAAGUAUUUGGCGGUGUUAAAGGGAGCAAGAAAGGGUAUUCAAGAGCAAUCUCUCUGUUUGUAGGUGACCCCUGUGAGCAGAAACUAGGAUGGCCCUUGCUCCGAAGAGUUAAUUCAGAAAUAUCAGAGACUCCUCUUUCGAGGAACUUGUCUGUAGUACAGUGGGUAAUGAACUUACCAGAUCGUUCGCCAAAGAAAAGUUCUUGCUUUUCAUCCACGGAAGAAAGUCUCUCAGAAAGAGGCAUCAGUGAUGUUGAGGAUGACAGACAGAAAAACAGUUCCCGUUCUUUAUCUUUUGAGCUGCCAAAGGACUUGGAGGCGAUUUUGGACGUGAAUUCAUUUGAUUGCAAGUGGUUUAACAUUGAGGAUCUCAAGUCCUGGACUUCUCAAUUCUCUUCAGGAAAUCUGAUUGGCAAAGGAGGGAGUAACCGUGUGUACAAAGGGAUUCUCCCUGAUGGAAAACCAAUUGCAGUGAAAGUUUUACAAUCAUCAAAAGAAGCUUGUAGAGAUUUUGCACAGGAAGUGGAAAUAAUAUCCUCUUUGAAGCACAAAUACAUAACCCCUUUGCUUGGAAUUUGCGUUGCAGAAAAUGCUUUAAUCUCUGUCUAUGAAUUUUUCCCCAAAGGAAGCUUAGAGGAAAAUUUACACGGUGAGAACAAGGAUGGAUCCAUAUUGUCAUGGCAAGAGAGAUUUAAUAUGGCUGUUGGCAUAGCAGAAGCCCUAAAUUACCUUCACAACGAAACUUCGAAGCCUGUUAUCCACAGGGAUGUCAAGUCUUCAAAUAUUCUUUUGUCCCAUGAGCUUGAACCACAAUUGACUGAUUUUGGGCUUGCAAUUUGGGGACCAACAAGUUCAUAUUUUCUGACACAAGAAGAUGUAGUAGGAACAUUCGGAUAUCUUGCUCCUGAAUACUUCAUGUAUGGAAAAUUAAGUGACAAGAUAGAUGUGUAUGCCUUCGGUGUAGUUCUUCUUGAACUAAUUUCAGGAAAGAAACCAAUCAGUUCCGAGAUUUGCAAAGGACAACGAAGUUUGGUCGCGUGGGCAAAACCAAUAAUAGAGAGUGGGAACAUUAAAGGCUUAUUGGACUCCAAUUUAGAGGGGAAAUUUGACGAGGUCCAAAUGCAGAGAAUGGUUAAGGCAGCAAAUCUAUGCAUUACAAGGGCUGCUAGGCUUCGUCCCAAGAUGAACCAGAUACUGAAGAUCCUUGAAGGAGAAGAAAGAGAUGAGAAUUUUCUGAGCUCCCAAGGGUUUGAUAGUGAGCAUACAGAAAACCAGGAGAAUAUAGACGACGAAGUGUAUCCAAAUUCAAGUGCAGAGUUACACCUUAGUCUUGCAUUGCUUGAUGUUGAUGAUGAUUCUACUUCAAAUAGCAGCAGUACAGAGCGGAGUAACAGUCUUUCUUUGGAAGAACACUUGAAAGAAAGAUGGAGCAGAUCAUCCAGUUUUGAUUAGAAGUUUUUCUUUUCAGGAAAAAAUAAAUCUAUGAUAUCUUCGUUUAUACGUAACAUAUAAUACUUGAGUACAUAGAGCACCCAACAAUGAGGUGGUUGGUCGAUGAAAAGGAUUGUGGAGUUGCGUUUCCUGUGUAUAUAUAUGAAAAAUAAGUAGACAAGGACUUGAGAAUAAAUACACAGAUUUUGAGCUACGGCGGCUCAGAUACUUAACCUUUA